AUGUCUGCUGGACGUAAGCAGAGCGAUAAAAUGGAUGCGGAGGAAGAAAAGGAGAAGGGAGGAGUGAAGAGAAGAAGACCGACCAUGGACUCAUCGGCUGAUGGGAGGAAGUCUUCAGUCAAGAGGACAAAACAACCGGUCCAGAAGAAAGAAGAGGAGAUCCAGAAGAUGGGAGCCAAGAAGAGAGCAGCCAUCUUCAGCUCAGGAUGUGGGGCCAAGAAGUUCAAGAAAGUUGAAGAAGGCCAGAAGAAAGAAGAUGUAGAGGACGAGCAGGGAGGCUCAGGAAGCAGCGGUGUUCGGCCAACCGGCUCCAGCAGCACAGUCUCCGAUAACAUCAGAAGGAGAUUAUUAUUCCAUCAUGUGCUCGGCCGGGGAAGUUUCGGAACAGUCAUGCUGGCGGAAGAUCCAUCUACCCGCAAACACUUUGCUGUUAAGAUCAUCAGCAAAAGAGCCCUGCUUGCUGAAGGUGAUGAUGAGUCUGUGAUGGUGGAGCGACGAGUUUUCCAGCUGGCAUCUGGGAGUCCUUUCCUUGUCCACGCAGACUUUGCAUUUCAGACCAAGCUGCAUGUGCUGCUCGGCCUGGAGUACAUGAGCUGCGGGGACUUUUACACCUACCUACUGAUGAAGGACCAGCUUGACAUCCCCAGUGCAAGAUUCUAUGCCGCUGAACUCGUCUGUGGAAUCCAAUUCCUGCACUCAAAGGGCGUCAUCCACAGAGACCUGAAGCCCGAGAACAUCUUGGUGGCUGAAACGGGCCAUAUAAAGAUCACCGAUUUCGGUCUUGCACUUGUCAACAUGCAUGGAGACCGAACAGCCACCUCAUACGCUGGAACAAUCGGUUACAUAGCUCCUGAGAUGCUGGCUAGGAAGGAGUACAACGCCGGAGUAGACUGGUAUUCUUUCGGUGUCAUCUUGAAAGAAAUGGUUACCAGUGAUUGUGCGUACCAUCAGACAAUCGAUGAUGCAUCCUCCGGCAUUAAGAACAUCAUUAGAAAGCUCCUUCGGAAAGAUCCUGCCAGACGCUUAGGAGUGAAUGGUAACAUCAGAAAGCACCGAUUCUUCCAGCGUAUGGACUGGGUCUCUGUGGAAGCCCUAGAGUUGCCUCCACCAUACACACCCGAGCCAACUGAACCUCAUCAUCGUCCUAAACCAUUCCAUCUGGACAGACUGGAGGCAGCAGAGGUCAGAACAUCUAUUUCAGCAGCGCACCAGGCCUUGUUCGAGGGAUUUUCUUUUUGA